AUUACGCCGCCGCGGUGCAGUAUCCUUAUUUCGGCUUUCAGAGUGAAAGUGCAGAAUAUUUUCAAUCUAAACCGGGUGUUUUUCUCGCAAUUUGUGUGUCUGUAAAAAUGUUUUCAACUGUGGAUAAUGCGAAAUACGCCCGUUUGCUGUCCUCGGUGGAAAUUCCCAGUCAUCCGCUUAGCAAACAAAAAAUGGAGCGCAUUGUUCUACGGCAUCUGAAUCGCAGGCAUCCGCGCAUUGCUCCGUGCCCUGCCCCCUGGAUCAUAUUUGCCAUCAACGAAAUGUUUUUCAUCGGGACUUUGGAGUUGAUCGAAGUGGAACUCGCGCUGAAGUACGAUAUCGGGCUUGGUUCCGGAGGAUUGCCACUGGAUGUAUAUCGUCGUCCGGUUGUGCCGGAGCUCGGAUUGCCGUUAGCCAAUCCAGACAUGACUUUCUCGAUAUCCGAUUCAUCCGAUGUGGAAAUUUUGCCCGUCCAGGAAAGGACCAUCGUCGAUCUGACGGGCUGGCCCGGAGAUGAAAGCUUGCAGCCGAAACGGAAGCGGAAAUUGAAGCGGCUCACGAGGGCCCAGAAACGGCAGCGACGGGAAGAGCAAGCGGCCUCGACGGACGAUGAAGAUCAGCCUGAGUUUUGGAUGGAUCUGAUAGAAAUGGACGAUGAUGAGAAUUUCAAUAUCGGCACAUGUGAAGAAAGUGAUUCUAAGUCAUCAUCUCAUGUUCCGGACUACUGGAUACUAUCCGAUGAUGACCCUCCAGUUACCAACCUACGUGUUGGUAUAUUCUGCCCUCGACCGUACCGUGCUCGUUUGAUGAACGCUAUCAUGACGGCAAUGGACAGUUUGCCGAUCGAAAAGCCACAUCCACAAUUCAAGCGGAACGGAUUCCAUCUGGACACACUCUGGUUCCUGGGAGCGAACGCGUACUCUACAUCGUGGAUGAUUUCGACGGUGGAAAAGCUGUCGAAGGAACCGUUCUGGCGCCAGGCUCGAAUUCUCAUUGAACCAUGGAGCAGUAAAUUUGUCGUCAAAAAUGUGCUGCAAUUGGUUUUGCCGUGGAAGCGUUACCCUGGCAACAGGAAAUGGAAAGUUAUACAACGUUUGCGCAAGGCCAACUUGAUGCAUGGAUCAUACCUCUGGAAUCUGAUCGGUUGCAAGUUGGACAAGUGGAAAGUUCAGGUCACGCUGGCCGUUAACGAAGAAACGAUGGAAUCGUUAAAGCGUACCCAGUUUUAUGUUUUCUACGGAUUCAGCCAGUACCGCUGUGAAGUGGUUCAAACUUCGUUGAAGUAAUUACAUAUGUGGACGUCCGUUAAGUACUUGCGAGUUAGAUUAGUUUCAAAGUAGAGAAAUACUGUCGGAAAAGUGCCAUGAAUAUAGUUCAUGAAGGUAUAACAAUGAAUUUCAAAACAUUAAACAGUUAUAUCUGAUGAUGUAAGCUUAUCUGUUUCGUUAAUAAUAAAAUUAGAAUAAAAAAAGGGUCUAUAAACUUCGUGU